AUGUCCGCCAAAAGCCAGAUCAUCGAAACAAGACCUCCUAAUCCUUAUGCAACUCCUGCAAGUGCAGAAGGAGGACCACAUUCUUCCAUCCCUCUCAAAUUCUAUACCAAAGUGAUUUCCAACACUGAAAAGAGAGGCUUCAAUUCUCAGGUGAAGAGAUUUCAAUAUCCUGAGAAUGAAAAUCCAGGGCCCGGGCUUUAUAAUGUCAUCCAUCAAUCUAUGCUUCUCAACAACGUCUCCCAGUCUCGGAAAGGAACCUGUUUUUUCCCUUCUUUGGAUGUCCGAAUCGCUCGCCAGAGAAUUCCCAAUUAUCCUGCUUCAAAUGCCUACGACCUCCCACCCUCUCUGCAUUCCAAGAGGGACUUCAGCUUGGGGUACUCUAGCAUGUUUCAUCCACCAUUCGCCAGGAAGAUUUCCAAAAGGGCCACGCCAGCCCCCAACCAAUACAAUGUUUCGGUGGAUCUUUGCAAAGAGAACUGCAGAGUUGGUGCCAAGUCUGUCUUCUCGUCAAAAACAAAACGAGCCUUGUCACUCAGCAGCAAUGAACGAGUGCCUUCUCCAUGUCACUACCGAAUUAAAGACUCCCUGAUAAGGCAGUCCCCUCCAGUGCUGGUGUCCUGCUUUAAAUCCAAAACAGGUCGUACGACCAAUCCAGAAACCCUGAGCCCAGGACCAGCAGCUUAUCAGCAGCCAGCUGAAACCCCAGUUGGACCAUCAAAGAGAUUCUCUGGACUGAGAAAGUGCAUCUUGAAUUUCUCAGCCCCAGCUAUCCCUCCUCCCCCAAAUCCUCCUUCACCAGGGCCCGGCCAGUAUGACAUAGUGGACUACUGUGGACCUCCUAAGCGUUACAUCUCCAGUGCCGUAUUUGUCUCAAACACAAGCCGUUGGACAGGUGAUACAUUCCACCAAGUCACACCUGGGCCAGGGGCUUACGAUCUCCCCAUUCCACGAAAACAGUCCUUCAUCUACAACACCACCAACAAAUGGGUGCCAGUAUUAUAA